GCAUCCCCAUGAACAUGUUCUCCUGUCCUAUCUCCAAUGUUCUGCUCACAAAAGGUGGAAAGAUUGAUAAAGCGGGAGGAAGAGGAGAAGAAUGAGGAAGAGGGAGGAAAGACGAAAGAAGGAAAAACUGAGAUGGCCAUCCAGCCGGGGAUCUUUGGACGAAAGAGAAGAGAAGACAUUUGGGCAAACUUUCUGCACAGUGAAGUGGAGAACAAGACCGAAUGUGUGGUAGACAAAGACGGGCAGAAAUGCGGUCACAAAAUCGUUGGAAAAAACACUACGAAUUUAAAAAGACAUCUAAAAGCAUUCCACAAUGAAAUUCAGAUUCCAGAAAGGACAUCAAUGAAACAUGUCCAGCCCAAGAAGAUUGACAAACCAACUAGUGCUCAAGAUUUCUUUGCCACAAGGAGAUACAGCGACAACUCUCCAGAGCAACAUACCAAGGAAGAAGGGAUAGCGCAGUGGAUAGGCCGCACAGGACUCCCAGCACGAAUUGUUGAAGAUGAGGAGUUUGUCACUAUGAUGACAAAAAUGGACAAAAAGUUCAAAGUGCCAAAAAGACAUAAAAUUUUAAACUUGAUCGAAAAAAUUUACAAAGAAGAGAAAGACAAAAUCAAACAAAACCUUGCCACAGCACGCAGAAUAACUAUAGGGUUGGAUAUUUGGACCAAAAAGGGACUUACCGCAUCCUUUCUGGGAGUGAGCGCCUGUUACUUCAACCCUGAGAACAACAAAGCUGAACACAAACGCCUGAACCUGAAGGAGAUGGUUCAUCCUCACACCGCAGAGUCGAUUAGUACACUUGUAGAGGAGUCAAUGGAAGAGUGGGGGCUACCCAGAGAGAAGGUCCUCACAACAAUCACUGACAAUGGCAGCAACAUGGUGGCUUCAUUCCACACACAUGCAGAAGUUGCCACAACUUCUGAAGAGGACUCAGAUGCAGAGCCCGACAAUGCCAGUGAUGACGAUGAGCAGCAAGAAGGGGAAGAUUACAGCGGGGAGGUCCGUAUCGUGAAAUACCGUGACCAAGGUCUUGAAAGUACUGACCGAGGACCUCUGGUAAACCAGGCUGAACUGACCUGA